ACCCAGUGUUGGCUCGCGAACAGAGGAGACAUCUCUCCCCGUAGUAAUCUGGACAGUUUUUGGAUCAUCGUUCGUUCCUCUUUCUCUCGUACAGUCAGAACACGGACAGAGGAAUUCGGAGAAUCGAGAAGCCAAUCGAGUCGACGAUAUCAAGAGCAGUGCCGUUUCGUAGCCGACACGUAGGCGAGAAGAUUUCACCAAGCGAAGCUCAGACCACCGAGAUUCAAGAAUGAGCAAGCAGUACACAAGGAACGAGGUCGCGACCGCCACCGGCAAGGAGAAGACCCUGAUAAUCCUUCACGACAAGGUUUACGACGUCACGAGCUUCCUGAACGAGCAUCCGGGCGGCGAGGAGAUCCUGUUGGAUCACAGCGGCAAGGACGGCUCGGACGAUUUCGACGAUGUCGGUCACUCGAACGACGCCUUCGAGCUUAUGAAGAAGUUCGUGGUCGGCGAGCUGAACGACGCUGAGAAGAGCCACAGGAAGCCGAAGGCCGCCUGGACGAGCGAUUACGCAAAAUCGCAGGGCACCAAGAAAGACGAGGGGAUGAAUCCUAUGUUGCUGAUCGCUGUCGUGGUCGUAUUCCUCGCGAUCUUGUAUUUCGUGUACUUAUAGUUCUCCGAUCCGUGGGAGACCGACCCUAUUCCGUGUCAGGAUCGAUCGUGAUUGCGAGUAGAACACAGCGCGUGUGUGGCCGUUGACGAUCGAGGACCCCCGAUCUGUGAUUUCAAUGACAUUCUAUCCGCAUUUUUUUUUCUUUCCACCUCGAUCAAAGAGCGUAGGGGCACGCACGAUUAGUCGAGGUGCCAAGCUGAGAUUGUGGGAUGGUGCGCGGUGUGAAGAUGAUCCUGCAUCGAAUGCGUUAUUUUAUCUUGGAGCGGUUAUCAAGACUUCGAUACCUAACUUUUAUGAAUGGGAAUAUGCUCGGAGGAAUGAUCGUCUCUUUGUAUCUUGUUAUUUUGUAAUUUAGUGCGGGUGUGCUUGCUCGACGAGAAGCGUUUCAAAAAAA